AUGCCCGCCGCCGCGGUCUCGAGCGCGCGCGCGAGCGCGUUCGCGCGAGGAUGCGCCGUGGACGCGCGAUCGACCGCGCGCGCGCGCGAGGGUCGCCGCGCGCGCGCGCUCGUCGUCCGGGCGCAGGAGAUCCAGGUGAGCGUGGAUAAACCCCUGGGGUUGACGUUCAAGGAGCGCGGUGACGGCCGACCCGGGGUGCAGAUCGCCGGGUGCAAAGGGAACGCCGCGAAGGCUGGGUUGAAGGCUGGGGACGUCGUCAAGUAUCACUCAUCCUUCUUCGGCGACGAACUGUGGCCGGCGGACGCGCUGGCGUUCACGCGAAGCGCGAUCUCUGCGUGCCCGAACACGGUUGAUUUCAUCGUUGUUCGAGGACAGGCGGACUUUGACGUGAAGCGAUUGCCGAAACUUCCGGCGCCGCCAAAGUUUGGGCGUAAGCUCAGCGCCGCGCAGAAAGAGCGCGCGUCGCACAUUUGCGUCGAUUGCGGCUACGUCUACACGCUCCCGACGCCGUUCGGUGAGCAACCCAAGAGCUAUGUGUGCCCGCAGUGCAACGCACCGAAGAGUCGAUUCGCGCCGUACGACGUCGAGACGGGUCGCGCCAAGGGCGGCGGACUCAGCACGCCGAUCAUCACCGUCGUCUCCACCGUCGCCGGUCUCGGUGGCAUGGUGUACUUCUUGAAAGAUAUGUUCUAA